UUGGAGAGAGUUCAAAGAAAAGCUGCUCGUUUUUGUCUUCAAAACUUCAACAAAACAACAAGUGUUACAGACAUGUUAUCCGAUCUGAAAUGGGACACAUUAGAAACAAGAAAAAAGAAAAACAGAUUGACUCUAAUGUACAAACUUAGUCAUAAUUAACCUAGUAGACAUUAACACAGAAGAACACUUGAUACCAAACAGAGAAAAAAGAACACGCAAUAGCCAUGCUUUUAAGUAUAGAAUACCAAAAGUAUCAAAGGACGUCUUUAAGUUUUCAUUCUUCCUUAGAUCAAUAACAGAGUGG